CUCUUCUAACUUCUUUUUAGGAAAAAAUUAUAAUAAAAAAUAAAAAACUCUACUAACUUCUUUUUAGGAAAUAUAAGAUAAAUUAGAUUGUUAAUCUCUGAGAUAAGUAGGGCUCACUCAUAAUAAAAGUAAAAUAAUAAAGUGACACAGAAAUCAAUGCGAGAAAUUGUGAGUGGAGAUGAACUUGAAAUGUUAAUCUCAAAUAUUAAAAAAAAAAAAAAAUCUUAAUGAAAUCAGCUCACACAGUGACACAGCAAUUCGCAAUUACCUUCAAAAAAAAAAAAAAAAAAAAAAAACGGUUGUUCUACUUCCCAGAACAUCAUCUCAUCCUCUUACAGUCAAAUCCACCAUUUCUGUUGAAUUUCUUCUGCAAUUUUUGCCAUUUCUUGUUCCUCAAAAGUGGGGUUAGCCCCAUUGAGCUCAUUCUCUUCAGUAAGAUUGUUUCUGCGCUCAAGAUAGGAUGUCUGUGGUUCAGAGUUGUCACCUCUGCUCUACAAGUUUUAUUGACUCGUUCCAGAGCUCGUUCUCCAAGUUUCAAAACGUUCCUAUGCCACUACUUAGGUACAAUUACUCUAGUACUUUUGGUAGACACAGUUAUUACUCAACUCAGAAUUUUAUUCGGUCAUGUUCAAUCAAUGAGCAGGACUUACCAAAGAAAUCGAGUUUUCUGCUUAGAAGAUAUGAAAAUCAGGGAUCCCCUAGUCAAACAUCCUUUUCCAGGUCAAAUAAAACUGAUGAGAAUUCCAGCCAAACAUCAUUUUCUCAGUCAAAUAGUGAUGAAAAAUCAUCAAGUGCUUGGUUAGAGAAGUGGAAGGAAACCCGCCAAAGAAAUUCUCCCAAAUCACCCCAACUUGCAUUGAACUAUAGAAGCAGGGAUAAUAUGUUGAAUUCGUUUAGUUCUAGUAGUGACUCAUCUAGUACCCAUGCCACCAGUGGUAGUACUAUGGACAGGAUAGUAAAAAAAUUGAAACAGUUUGGCUAUAUGGAUGAUGCCAAUGAAAAUGAUGAUAACCAAGAAAGGAUGAUUGAGAAAGGGUCAGUUGAGGAUAUAUUCUAUGCAGAAGAAGGAAUGCUCCCUAAUACACAUGGUGGGUUUUCUGAGAAUUUCUCAUUAGGGAUAGAGCAAGGUUUUGACAAUGAGGACGAUGUACGAUUUCCAUGGGAGAAACCUGCUGCAAAACCUGAGGAAGCUAAUUCAGUCAUAAAGAGAAGCAGGACUUAUAUGGCUGAGCUUACUCUACCAGAGUCUGAGAGAAGGAGGUUAAUGCAAUUGACUUUAAACACGAAGCAAAAAGUGAAGAUAGGUGGUGGAGGCGUUACACAAGCAGUGGUUGAUCGAAUACAUGAGAAGUGGAAAUCCGCAGAAAUAGUGAGAUUGAAAGUAGAGGGCCCUCCUGCACUAAAUAUGAAACGUAUGCAUGAGAUUCUUGAGAGGAAAACUGGUGGUCUUGUUAUUUGGAGGUCAGGGACAUCUGUAUCUCUAUAUCGAGGAGUGAGCUAUGAAGUCUCUGGGCGCACAUCUAAGAACCAUGGAACUCAGGUUUCUGGCCGAUUGUUGCUUGAUCAAAAUCUUACAAAACCUUCACAAGAUGAUUCUUAUGACAGUAAACGUUCUCCUGAAGAGGGCCUCCACAGAAAUGAUGUUGAUAAAAAAGAUUCUGAAUCUUUAACUAAUAUGAAGUACGAGGACGAAAUAGACAAGUUGUUAUCUGACCUUGGGCCUAGAUAUGCGGACUGGCCAGGUGAUAACCCAUUGCCUGUUGAUGCUGAUUUGCUCCCAAAUGUAGUUCCUGGCUACCAGCCACCAUUUAGAUUGCUCCCGUAUGGAUUCAGACGUACUCUUGGAGUGAAAGAGUCUACAUCGUUAAGAAGGAUUGCUAGAACACUUCCCCCUCAUUUUGCUUUAGGCAGAAGUAGGCAACUGAAAGGUUUGGCAGCCGCCAUCGUUAAGUUAUGGGAAAGAAGUUCCAUUGCAAAGGUAGCGCUGAAGCGUGGUGUUCAGCUUACUACAAGUGAGAAAAUGGCUGAGGAGAUCAAGAGGUUGACUGGGGGAGUAAUGCUUUCCAGAAACAAGGAUUUCAUGGUUUUUUACAGGGGCAAGGACUUUUUAUCAUCAGAUGUCACUGAAGCUUUACUAGAAAGGGAGAGAUUGGCGAAGGACCUUCAGGAUGAAGAGGAACUGGCACGAACUAGAGCCUCAGGCUCAUUUAUACCUUCUGUUGGAACUGGAGAACAUUAUGGAGCUGCUGGUACACUCUCUGAAACUUUGGAUGCUAAUACUAAGUGGGGGAAGAGACUUGAUGGUCACGAGGCAGAAAAGGUGCUGAGACAAGCAGAAGUAAUGAGGCAUGCCAAACUUGUCAGGAAGCUAGAAGGGAAGCUUGCUUUUGCUGAACGGAAGCUGAUGAAAGCUGAAAAAACUUUGUCAAAAGUGGAGGAAUUCUUGAAACCAACAGAUCAACAGAUGGAUUCUGGGAGUAUUACUGAUGAAGAGAGAUUUAUGUUUAGAAAGCUUGGUUUGAGAAUGAAAGCGUUUUUACUUCUUGGUAGGCGUGGAGUUUUUGAUGGUACAGUUGAGAACAUGCAUUUGCAUUGGAAAUACCGUGAGCUAGUUAAGAUCAUUUUGAAGGCAAAGAAUUUUGAAGAAGUUAAAAACAUUGCUUUAGCACUUGAAGCUGAGAGUGGGGGCAUCUUGGUUUCAGUUGACAAAGUCUCCAAAGGCUAUGCUAUCAUAGUAUUCCGAGGAAAAGAGUAUAAGCGUCCUCCUACAUUGAGGCCGAAGAACCUCUUGACUAAGAGGAAGGCUUUAGCACGUUCUAUUGAGCUGCAAAGGCGUGAGGCUCUUUUGAAGCAUAUUGCACAGUUGCGGCGGAAUGCAGAGAAACUGAAAUCUGAAAUCGAACACAUGAAUGUCAUGGAUGAGGAACACCAAAAAGAAGAGUUUUAUGAUAGAUUAGAUGCUGCGUAUUCCACAGAAGAUGAGGAGGAAGAAGAUGAAGCAUACCUAACAACCUACAGCGAUGAAGGUGAUGAGGAUGAAACUGGGAGCUCUGAUGGUAUCACUCUGUAAAUACGAAUAUCAGUUUCAGAACAAUAAAGCAGCAACAUUGCAACAA